AUGGAAUUCCUGCGGCGCCGCCUCUCGGACGGGAAUUUCCUGGCGGGGGGGAUGGGCGGGGACCCCCCCGCGGGGGGAGGGGCGGGGAGACCCCCCCGGACCCCCCCCACGGCCCCGCUGCUGCUCGUGAUCGCCCCCCCCAGCACCGACUGGGUGAAACCCUUCAAGGGCAAAUCCGUGCACGGGGACGUGGAGCUCAGGGUGGAGCAGGCUCAGUUCUCGGAGCUCUCCUUGGCCGCCUCCACCCACGGCGCCCUCAGCGUCACCAUCGACCCCGCCCGGGGGGGCACCAGGAGGGUGCGCCCCGAUUUCGUGCUGGUGCGGGAGGCGCCCGAGGGGGGGGCGGGGGGCGCCCCCCGCAGGUUCCUGGCGGGGCUGCACCUGGGGGGGGUCCCCAGCACCGACCCCCUCCCCGCCCUGUACGGCUUCGCACACCCCCCCUGCCUGUUUGCCCAGUUGGCUCGGCUGCAGCGGGAACUGGGCCAUGAGGCCUUUCCACUGGUGCCACAGCGCUUCUGCAACCGGCCCCGGGGACUGGUGACCGCCCCCACCUUCCCCAUGACGGUGACGCUCAGCCCCGCCCCCGCCGGGAUGGGACAGGUGCGGGUUCGCUCCCCGCAGGUUCUGGCGGCGCUGGCGGCCGCCGUGGGCGGGGCGGGGGCGGGGUGGGCUGUGGGGGGUGGGGACAGCGUGGGGGAGGGGCCGCAGGUGGAGCCGGUCGCCCUCAGCCCCAGGCACCGGGGGUGGGUGGACGCCUGCGCCGGCCUCUUCGGGGGCGUCGACAUCUGCGGGGUGGAGGCGCUGAGGGGCCCAGAUGGGCAGGAGCACAUCGUGCAGGUCCUGGGCUCGUGGUUGCCGCUGCUGGGCCCGGGGGCGGCCGAGGAUCGGAGCCAGAUCGUGGAGCUGGUGCUGGAGCGGAUGCGGGAGGAGCUGCCCCGCCCCCGCAGCCCCUCCCCCGCUCGGCCCCUCCCACAGAUCCCAAAAUAA